AUGAGGCUUAUUUCUCUUCCAGUUGCCUUCGGUAUCACAUUAGCAGCUGCUAGUGAGUUUCCAGAGGGCCAUCCGUGGAUAGCCCCAGGGCCGAAUGACUUCCGUGGGCCCUGCCCAAUGCUCAAUACUCUUUCAAAUCAUCAAUUUCUACCGCACACGGGUCGGAAUAUCACGAAAGACAAAGUCAUUAGUGCCAUGUCCUCAGCUCUCAACUUCGAUGAAUCACUCGCUUCCCUGAUGUUUGACAUGGCAACUAUAGCGAAUCCAGAGCCCAAUGCCACGUUUUUCACUCUGGAUCAAUUGAAUGUCCAUAACGUGCUUGAGCAUGAUGGCAGCUUGAGCCGCACAGACGCCUUCUUCGGCAACAACCAUGUCUUCAACGAAUCUAUCUUCAACGAGACGAAAGUAUACUGGACCGGCGAGAUCCUUGAUGCAAACAUGCUGGCAAAUAGCAAGGUUGCCCGCCAGCUCAACUCCAAGGCCUUCAACCCCAAUUACACAUUCACUUCUACGAUCGAAAACUUUAGCCUUGGCGAGCUUUCUGCCCCGGUUGUUGCUUUCGGUGACUUGGAAGCAGUGACCGUCAAUAGAACUCUGGUGGAAUAUUUCUUUCAGAAUGAACGUUUGCCCACCGAAUUGGGAUGGAGUACACGGUCUGAAGUCAUCACCAACGAUAUUAUUUCUAGAUUAACCCAAGCCAUCAGUAACGCUUCAAGCCUUAUAACACCCUCUGGAGCAGUCGUUUCGACCCGGCGAAGAGAUCUUCAUGGUGGAAUCUACCAGUAA